UUUUCUUUCUAUCCUUUCGAGUGAAGGUACCCGGCUUCCAUCGUUCCCUUCUCCGCUUGGGUAUCUCUCGACGGAAAGGGGAAACCCUAACCCUAGCGCCCUUCGAUUUCCCCUUGAAUCCAUCCAUCGCCUGAGUUCUCUUCGGCUCCUUCCCAAUUGAUCGAUCCAAGGUUUUCCUCGCUGCUCAAUUUGGGGAUUUUUCAUCGGUGAAUUCCUCUGGUUCGGAAGAUUCUUGGAUUCGCCGCGUCCUUGGGCGAUUCUGCUACGGCGUCGGCGAUCUGUUGAGCGUGGGAUCCAAUAUCGCCUCUUCCGGUUGAAUCCCUUAAAUCGAAGGGGGUUCUGUUGUGGAAGCCCCUCUCCUCUUGUAGCGGCGGCGGUGAUCGUCGAUCUCGGUGAUUUCGCUGCGGAUCGUCUCUUUUUGCUGUUUGGAUCGCUGUUCUAUUCUGUCGGGACGCGAACGGGUUGGCGGCGAACUCAUCUCGUGUUCUUCCUCUUUUCUUUUCCGGAAAGAUCGUUUGUUGAUCGGAACGAUCGUUUCUUGAUCGAAAAGAUCGUUUGUUGAUCGGAGAACAGAGCGUGAUCUUCAUCAAGGAUUGGAAAAGAGAUACUUUCUUGAUCGGAGAAUAGAGCGUGAUCUUCAUCAAGGAUUGGAAAGGAGAUUUACUGCUUGUACAUAUGUUUAUGAUUUCUGUUGUUCUAGCGUAAUAUCAGGCCUGUUUUCAAUUUCGGCCUUUAAAUUCAGUUUGCUGCUUGUUUUUAAAUUUCCAGCAAGUUCUAUCUUUUUGGUUGAUCUGGUUUGCAAUUACAUCUGAAGAAAACCGGAAAGAAAAAAUAAUGGCUGUGUAUUAUAAGUUUAAAAGUGCAAAGGAUUAUGACUCUAUUCCGAUUGAGGGUCAAUUCGUAUCUGUUGCCAAUUUGAAAGAACGAAUUUUUGAAUCGAAGCAUUUGGGAAGGGGUACAGAUUUCGACCUUAUGGUCUCCAAUGCGCAGACUAAUGAAGAAUAUGUAGAUGAAGCCGCCAUGAUACCCAAAAAUACAUCAGUAUUGAUUCGUCGCGUCCCAGGUCGGCCACGGAAGCCUAUUGUUACAGAACGAGACGAGAUGAAAGUUGUAGAGGAUAAAGUGGAAGAUCUUCCACCAGCAAGUAGCACUUUAGUUGGUGAUUCAUCUACCAUGAAAUAUCCUGAAGAAUCUGAAUGGGAUGAGUUCGGUAAUGAUCUGUAUGCUAUUCCUGAAGCACUUCCUGCUCAGUCGAUCCAUCCAGCAGUAGAUGUUUCUCCUGCAAAUAAGGUUGACGAGGAUAGCAAGAUUAAGGCUCUAAUUGACACACCUGCCCUUGACUGGAAUCGUCAAACACAAGAAGGCUAUGGUGCUGGAAGAGGCUUUGGUAGGGGAAUGGGUGGGAGAAUGAUUGCUGGUCGUGGUUUUGGACGAGGUGGGCUGGAGCGCAAGACACCUCCAGCAGGCUAUGUUUGUCAUAGAUGCAAAGUUCCAGGCCAUUUCAUUCAGCAUUGCCCCACAAAUGGUGAUCCAAACUAUGACAUUAAAAGGGUGAGACCUCCAACCGGAAUUCCGAGAUCAAUGUUAAUGGCAACUCCUGAUGGUUCCUAUGCAUUACCGGGUGGUGCUGUUGCUGUUCUUAAGCCAAAUGAAGCUGCAUUUGAGAAGGAAAUUGAGGGGUUACCUACCACCCGUACUGUCAGUGAUCUUCCACCGGAAUUGCACUGCCCACUGUGUAAAGAAGUAAUGAAGGAUGCUGUUUUAACUGGCAAGUGCUGUUUUAGGAGUUUUUGUGACAAAUGCAUAAGAGAUUAUAUUAUCAGCAAGUCAAUGUGUGUCUGCGGUGCUACGGAUAUACUAGCAGAUGACCUUCUUCCCAAUAAAACACUUAGAGAAACAAUUAGUCGCAUAUUGGAGUCAACAACCAGUAGUACUGAAAAUGCUGGAAGCCUUGUUCAUGUACAAGAUAUGGAGUCAGCUCGCCAAGUACAGCCCAAAAAUCCAUCUCCUACUCUUUCUGCUGCAUCCAAAGGUGAACCUAAGCAAGUUCCUCCAGCGGAUCCUUCUCCAAAUGCGAUGGAAGGGGAGGCAGCAAGCAAUGUAAAGGGUGCCAAUGCUGAGACUAAUUCUUCGGACAAGAAGGUCACUGCAAAUGUUAUUAAAUCUGAAGCAGUCCCAGAAUCAGAAAAUGCGAAAGAAACAUUACUAGAAACUUUUCCAGUUCCUGAAGAAGUGCAGGAAAAGGUGCUUGCUGGAGAACAAGGAAAGAAGAAGAAGAAGAAGAAGACACGCCUGGCUGGCAAUGCUUCUGACAUGCAAUGGAGGCCUUAUCAAGAUUUUGGAUCUGAAAACUUUGUUGGGAUGUCUUUGGCUCCAUCAGGCUACAACCCAUACUGGGCUGGUGGUGGAAUGCCAAUGGGAGUUGAUGGAUACAUGGCAUCAUUCACUGGUCCCAUGCAAUACAUGGGUUAUGCACCUGGCCCCUUUGAUGUUCCUUUUGGUGGGGGAAUUCUUCAACAAGAUCCAUUUGCUGCACAGAGCUAUAUGAUGCCAGUAGUUCCCAGGGAUUUGUCGGAGUUGGGCAUUGGAGGUAUGACCCAAGGGCCUGGAUAUUUGACGAGGGAAGAAGUUGAGGCUAAGAAGGCUGAACUAAGACGGAAGCGUGAAAUGGACCGACUCCAUGAAAGGGCGAGGGAGCCCAGAAGAGAGGACAGGGAGCCCAGAAGGGAACCAAGUCGCGCGAACGAUGUCUCUUCAUUGAAGUCGAAGCCCCGGCCGGUAUCCCGAGCGGCGAGCCUCGACCGGUCCGACCGUGAAAACCGGUCCGAGAAGGCAGACCGCCACGUCCCCUCCCACGACUCGGGCCGCCACUCGCCGAGCCGGACCGGGAAGAGAAGGGCCUCGGACCUGGACGAGCCGUCCCGGGCCGAGGCUGCCAAGCUGGAGCGGAAGCACAAGGUCAGCGUGUUCUCUCGCAUCAGCUUCCCGGAGUCCUCCUCUGGCGACGGAGAGAGGGCCAGCAAGAAGAGGAAGCCGUCGGAGGUGCCGCUGAAGAACGGGCUGAAGGAGCAGCACGAGCCAGCGGCCCACCGCCGGUCCAGCUCGGACGGGCAUAGCCAUAGGGACGAGUGGAAGGGGUCCAAGGGUGGCGGUUCGUCGUCGAUGGGAAGCCGGAGGUACGAGCGUGACUCGAGCGAGGAGGAGUAUCAUUUCAAGAGGAAGCCUUCGUCGUCGUCGAGGAGGGAGGCGGAGGAAGAGGGCCGGCCGGCGAGGCGGUCCAGGGAGAGGGAGUCGCAUGAGCGCGGGAGCAAGCGCCGGUGAGGGUAGAGAGAGAGAGAGAGUGGUGGAUGUUGCGAGAGCUGUGUUAAGGAGGGGGCUGUGCCCGAAAUUCAUGUAAUUACACCCAAGGUUUUUUAUAUAUUAUGAAUGGCAUGAUAUUUCCCAAUAGAAUUAUUGCAACGUUUUGCUUC